AUGAAGCUCUUUGUAGCUCUUCUCACGCUCUUGGGCAUUACAGUGGUUCACGGGGAUCGUGCCCUCGUGAAGAUUGGCGUGUCCAAGACAACAAUGGCUCCGGUUGUAACGACUGAAAGCUCGUCAACGACAACCACAACAGUUGCAACAACAACUACCACUUUGAGCACUUCAACAACCACUCAGAGCACUUCUACCACCAGCACUUCAAAGGAUAACACUACAGUUAGUGCUUCCUCGACAACUUCCACAACAACCCUGGCACCUCCUGCGAAUGCAACGGAUGUGCCAGAUGCUAAAAAUCAAACAACAAAUGCAACGGAAGCUGUGAAGAUUCCCCGAAGGAUAAGACUUCAGCAGGAACAGAGUUACUACUGCAAAUGUGAUUUAAAGAUCAACGUUUGUGAUGUAGACUGUUGCUGCGAUAUUGAUUGCACGGGGGACAUGCUGAAGCUCUUUGAUUGCCAUGAAGCCUACAUUUCCACAACAGACUACCACACUCUGCACGGACUCCCAUCGUGUCGUGUCUCCUCCAGCAUUUUCUGUGUCCUCAGGAAUAAUCUCCACCGCUAUGAUUACGAAGAAUUCGAUGAAAGUCUCUCAGCGUGGCGUGUACAUCACUGGCCAGAUACAAUUGAGGAAACUCCCGCUGAUUCAGGCAGAGAUUUCUACCGUCUACAUGAUCCAAUUGCAAUCUCGAUAGAAGGUGCACCGGGAGUGCUGGGAAUUCCACUUUCCCUCUCAGGGGGAGGUGUGUGUCACGUGGAGGAGAGUAUUAAAUUCCUCACAAACACCCACAGCACUUGCCUGAGGCGGAGGGAUGAGAAUUUUUCAAUGGAAUACCUCACAAAGCUAUCCUCUGUGGAAAUUCCUCCAAAGCCCGAUAUUUCCUGCUCUGAAGCAUCCAAUUCAUGCCUUGCGGUGGAAAUUUUCCAUUGUCUCGGCACACAGUGUUUGGGAUUCAAUGUAAGUGACUCUCCGAGGUUGUUUCCCUUUAACCUGAUGCUCAAAUUCACUCACAACUUCACCCACAUUGUGAAAGUUGAAGCUACCGCCGUGGAGAAGACCCUUCCGGCCCACGUGAAAUCGCAUCAUCAGCGUAUUGAGGUGCUUUUUGCGACUGUCAAUGAAUCCCACAGUCACACAGUCAGUGGGAAUAUUGGCUACCUUCCGGGAAAACCUGUGAUUUUCUCCCACAUUCACAGUGUUAACAUUUCAGAGGAUAAACAGGAAUCCCUCAUUGAUUACUUCCAUCCAAAUCGAACAUCUGAAGAUGAGGACUACCACAUGGCUCUCCCCAAAAGCCACGAUGGGCUGUGUCUAUGGAGACACUCCUCCUCCUCUCAGGAUACACGGGAAACUCUCAAUUUUGCAGAGAAUCAAAUACGAACUUGCGACAUUCACCUCCUGGACACUCUGAACAUCACCCAAGAGACAAACUUCACGGAGAUUUGUCGGAAUUUUCACAGGAAAAUCCUUCAGUACCUCCUCAUGUUCCCCAAUGUCACUGAGAAUCUCUCCACAGAGGAGCUGUAUGUGUCUGAAUUUGGUAAUCCACGCAAUGAUACGAGCAAUUGGAUUCAAAUUGACUUGAGGGGCAUCGCCCAGGGUGCAACAAUUGAGGGAAUCUUCGAUGCAACCGAUGACACCAUCACCUGCCGCAACAUGAUCAUCCGUGCAAAGCACGUGUACCAAUUUGGGCGCCUCGAAGUGGCUGGAAAUCGUCAUCAGGCACUCAUUGAGAGAGCUAGUGUGGAUUUUGGACCACGCGUUGAUUUGCAAUUCAGAAUAAGCGAAGAUUUUCGCGUGCCAAUCUUCCAUGUGGUUUCCUUUGUGGAUUUAACCCACCGUGUGAGGAAUUCAGCUGCACAUCCGCUCGCUUCACUCCUCCUCCUCAUUUUGUGCCUUUUUGGAACUUCCAUGUGGAUGGAGUAGAGAAUCAUUUGCAUUAAAUUCAAUUAAAUUACUAAUAAAUUGAAUUACAAAGUUUUCCGUGGAAAUUUUCAAGUGCCCUAAUUGGAGAAGGUUUAAAGUUUCUUGAGAAAUUCAUUGAUUUUUGUAGGUGUUUUCAAAGUAAAUUCCUCAUUCAUUUACUGGCAAAUUAGUUCCAGAGAUUAUAUACUCCUUCCAUGCUUUAAAGUUCACAUUAAAAGGCUCUAAUAAAUUAAAUUAAUUUAAUUA